GCUAGCCUUCCAAUCCCAGGGUCCUGGGUUCAAAUCCUGUGACAGCACAGGAUUUUUUGUCAGACUAAAGAAGCAUCUCCACUCCCUAAGCCUUGUAUGAGACUUCGCUGAUACAGCAUCACUUUAUUCUAUUUGUUUAAGAGGAACCUGAAUAUCAGCCGACUUCCAGAGGACGUCACACCUUUAUAAAUAAGAUGAUUUUCAAAUAUUAUUGGAAUUAUAAAUAUGAUAAUUAGAUGAAUGUCACUUUAAUAGGCACUUAUGAGAAUGAAAACUUGUGCGGAAGACCACUUGGAUUGCGUUUCGACAAGGCUGGGUUCUUAUAUGUUGUGGAAGCUUAUUCCGGGCUAUAUAAACUUAAUGUGUCCUCAGGUGAGAUGGUACAGUUAGUGAACUCAGACGAUAAAUCUGUUGGUCAACCAAUGAAAUUCGUAAAUGACCUUGACGUCACUAGUGACGGUGCGGUAUACUUCAGUGAUACGAGUGCUAAUUUUGAACGCCGUGAUUUCGCACAUCUUUCUAUUAAUGCUGAUAAAAGUGGACGAAUAUUCAAGUUUGAUCCAAACACGAAUAAGACUGUUGUAGUUCAGAAGGACUUAGGCUGGGUAAACGGGGUCCAAGUGUCUCCGGACGAAGACUACCUUUUGUACUCAGAAGGUCAAUUUUCCCGCAUAAUGAAGUUACAUUUGGAAGGGCCCCAAAAGGGCAAGGUGGAAGUGUUUUCCGACAAUCUACCAGGAUUCCCCGACAACAUCAGACUAUCCCGCAAAAACAGCUAUUGGGUCGCCAUUAAUGCCCUCAGAAAACAGUUAUCCCUAUAUGACUUCCUGACGGAUAAACCACGACUGCGAACACUGCUCCUGAAGGUCGUUGAUCCAAAUUUUUUUCUGAAAUCAUUGACAAAAUAUGGCUUGAUCAUUGAACUCGAUAUCCAUGGCAACAUCAUCCGCAGCCUCCAUGACGAAGAUGGCGGUGUGUUACAUAGUUGUAGUGAAGUUUUUGAUACAGGAAAUACAUUGUUUAUAGGCUCGUUCAAAGCUAAUUUCAUAGGAAAGUUGGAAUUAUGAUAGAGACUAAAGGAAUAAAUUUGAUCGUUUAUCUAUUGUUCUUUAUCUUUUAGUUGGAUUACCUAUUACGGUAUCACUGUGUUUACUAUAGAAACCAAAAAAAUUCAUGUAGCCUACAAAAACGAUAGGCCUAACAUUAAUUAUGAUGAUAGGCUUAAAUGUAUUCAUAACAAUGAUAACGACAAUGAUGAUGAUGAUAAAUAUUAAUAUAUAAAUAAUAUCAAAAGUAAUAAUGGUAAGAAUAUACAAAUAAACAACAAAAUCAGCAACUAAAAACAACCCAACCUCAAUAAUCAUGACAAUAAUUUGUCAAUUUCACAUUAUCCUACAGUUUGGCCUACUGAAACUGUUAUAUUUACGGAAAUUAUAUCACCAGACUAGGGAAUGUCUAUAUAUGUGUAGCCUGACGUGUGUACAUUUUUAUUGAUCGAAUAUUUUCAACAUAUUUUAUAGAUUAGUCUGUAAAUCCACAGCCUGAAUUCGUUUAGCCAAUACAAUGGCAUUGCUGUUGAGUUAUUAUCGAGGGACCUGCAUUGAAAGAUACCAUACAUAAACGUAAAAACAAUAUAAAAAAAAAAAAACCACGGACCAUAAUCAUUAAAAGAAGAAGAAGAAGAACCAAACAAA